AUGAGCAGCCCGCACACAGGAAGUGGAGUGUGGUACCUGCAGUUCAGUUUGCGGGCUGAUGAAACAGCAGUCGUCGUCCAUGGUGGCGUCAUCAAGAAGGCGAAGGCCAGUGGGCGCCGGUCGAGCUGCAGAGGAGCGGCCGAGCGGGUGGGCGGUGACAAGGUAGCUGCCCCUGGCUGCAGGGCGGCGCCUCCUUUGUUGGAGGGCAGGCAGCCCCGUGUUUGCGGCGAGGGCAGCGGCCCGGCCCGGCCCGGUGCCGCCUCAGCGCACGUGGGGCGCCCACUCGCCACGCCGCGCAAGGACACUGUGCGAGCGCCAAGGCCGCCACCGGCCGCGCCCUCGGGGCAUCAGCCCGCCGAGGCCGCAGCUGCUGCCGCGGGCCUGCCGGCGGCGUCGCGGGCGGCGGGUGCCGCGGCGCACUGCGCAUGCGCGCCGGGCCAGCCGCUGCCCACGCGCCGUCUGCCGGCCGUCUGGCGCGGCCGCCCACCCACGCGACCGCCGGCCCCUCAGCUGGGCAUGUGGGUCGCCGCGGAGACGACGGUGAGGCACGAUGCUGAGGCCACGGGCUUCUGGGUGCGCGUGGAUCGUGACUGCCACUUGAGGCGGGUGACCGCUGCCGAGUCACGCACAGAUUGGCGGCCGCCCGGCGCAUGCGCAGUGGCAGCUGCUGGCAGCGGGCCGGUUGCUGCUGGGGCAGUGCGCCUCGCUCGGGCCCGCCCGCGGGAUGUAGCCGCGCCGCCGCCGCUGGCGGCCUCCCAGUUAAAUGUAGAUGAGGGUGGAAGGGAGGCAGUGCUGAACGGCCUUGUAAAUGUAAUUGCGCUGAAUAGCCGCCGCGUCGAAGCGCUCUGGGAGCAGCCAGACGAGCCACCUGGCUUCCUGGGCGGCGCUGGAGGCGCCCUGAGUCACACGGCGGGAGACGCAGGCCGGCGGGCUCUCACGGAAGACGCCAAGGCCGCGGCGACUACCGCUGCAGUUGCCGCGCGCUUAUCGGCACAGUUAGGCGUCGCGUGCCGUGCGAAACAGGACGCCGCUCCGUUACGCCGCCUCCGCGGCCAAGGAUUCGCGGGUGACGUCAGGGGCUUCGAAGUGCUCAGGCGGUCCACUGAUGGCGCAGCCGUGUACGCUCUCACUGGCAACCGGCACAGUCAAACGACUCCAGUCCUGAGAGUUGGUCAGUACCUCAAGCACCAUCGGGUGCCCUCCAAGGAGUAA